AAGAGUCAGGAUUCUGUGGUUGCUAUGGAUCGCAUAUAUAAAUCCAACCAUCUAAUCAUCGUCAUCAUUUCACUCCUGUACUCAGAGAGAUACUGGCACAGAGCGAACUGAACUUUUUGGAAAGUGACUUUGCAAGCGAGGAUCUACAACAACCACCAAGAAAAAGACUAAGAACCCGAGAGGACUGACCCCACCAACGCCUCACCAUGGGAAAGAAAAAGAACAAGAGGAAGAGGGAGGAGAAGGAGAGCGACCCUGGAUGCUUUCAGGAGCCUCUGUCAAAGACUUCCCGCAGCAGCGCUGCUCAGCAGGAGAGGAGCUCCAGCCCCCAGCCCUCCACCUCUGGUUCACAGUGGUUCCCUGUCGAGCCAGAGAGGAGCUCCAGCCCCCUGCCAUCCACCUCUGGUUCACAGGUGUUCCCUGUCGAGCCAGAGAGGAGCCUCAGCCCCCUGCCAUCCACCUCUGGUCUACAGCAGGAGAAUGACCUCCAAAAUGACCUUUUGUCGUUUGACUUGUUCCUUCCUUCCUUUCCUCAAACAGCAGAACUUUGCUUGGCCAGAGAGGAGCCCAGCCCCCAGCCCUCCACCUCUGGUUCACAGCAGGAGCUGAACGUUGUCCGGCCAGAGAGGAGCCCCAGCCCCCAGCCGUCCACCUCUGGCCAACAACGUAGAGAGCAGGAGGAUGCAGAGGAGGAGGAUGAGGAGGGGAUGAGGAGGAGACGGAGGAAUGAGCGAAUACAAGCAGUCAUGAACUCCACUGCGAGAUUAGUGUUCAUCUUCCGGCUGGCUGUGAUGCUCAACCCUUCUUUUGGGCUCACUGAUUCGCCGUACAGGCCGGAGCUGUGAGCUCCCUCUUAGGUAAGGGGCCAUCAGGUAAAGUAUACUUAGUGGCAAUUCCACCGCCACACACACAUUUUUUAGUCUUUGUAUUCCACUGUUUUUUAAUCCUUUUGAAAAAAAGCAAAAAAAAAAAUCUUUAGAACAUAAGUAAUUAUUAGUUGUAUAUAUACGUAAGUAGUGAUAAGUUUAAGAUAUAGUUGUGAUAAGUUAAGACAUAGGUGUGUAAGUUUUGAUAAGUUUAGUGUUUAAGUUAGGAUGUAGAUAUAGUAUAAGUCAGAAAGUGUGGAAGAUUACCAACUUUAUUUUUCCUCCACACUUUCUCUUUAGAGUUAAAAACUGUUUUAAGAAUUGUAAAGAAGGAAAAGCUUUAAGAGGGUCUUCAGGAAAUGUUCCAUUCAAAUCCAUUUCUAAAGCUGUGUUUUAGUUUCCAUAAUGAUUCAAGAACACAAGACAAAAUAUACUUCCAUAAUCAUAAUUUAUAAUGUCUAUCUGUUUACAUGUCAGUUCACAAACUGAUGAGAAAUUUAAACAAAUUGUAAGAAUUGAUAAAGCAGUUUUAUAUUGUUAUUGGUUUAUUAUAUUAUAUGGAACAUUUCCUGAGGGUUAGGGUUAGGGUGGGUUGACCCUCUUAAAGCUUUUUCUUCUCUUACUCCUGUUGCUCUUAAUUAUUGUUUCAUUUUAUUCUAAGUUUCCUUCAAAA